AUGGCUGACAAAAGUGCAUUCGUGCCUGUUGAAGCAACAGGUGGUCUUGGUACACGACCAGCGGAACUUGAUAUUGAUAUAGAUGAUGAUUACUUUGGAGGUAGCAAGAAGCAGGAACAGGCACCACCACCUCCUCCUCCGCCACCACCUCCACCACCACCUCCACCACCUAAAAAAACAGGCGAUACUAAAAAGUUAGACAAUCGUAAUACGUGCAUUAUGAUGAUUGCAGAAAAUUGUUUACAAGAAAUCGAAGACAUACCACAAGACUUAUGCCUAUAA